GAUUGCUUUGUUUUGGGUUGCAUGAGCUUGCUAGCUCAGAUAACGAGUGAAUUAGUCAACGAGACCUUGGAAAAUUAAGACAUAACAUAAUGGCUUGAGUUGUCGAAAUAUCGUCUGGACCUCACCAAACUCCUAACUAUUCGGAAGUGAUGCUCGAACGGGUCGAAGGAAGCACGCCAAUAAUUUUGACUGAAAAAAAAUUAAGUCUUCGGUCAUCCAGCAUCUCUCUACUGCUCGUUUCAUGCUCGCAAAAUUAUCAGCGUUGCACGGUAUUUCCAUUCGUUGCUUGCCCUUAGGCAUGUCGCCUAAAUUUUUUUUUUGGAAACUUAGAAUUGACCCUUGGGUCAAUCUAGUAGCUUGAGUUAUGGCGGUGCAGACAAUUUUUUUUUUUUUGACAUCUUUUAAUAUCUGACAAUCUUCAGCUUCAUCACCACCUGCGGUUUCAAGUCAAACGAAAAUAUCAAACAACCCGCAAAGAUUGUUAUGUUGAUCGUUUAUGGCAUGACUUGUAGCCGUACUACUACUAGCUCGUAUGCAAUUCUCUUCGAGCUGAUAUGAGAGAUUAUUGCCCUCCUGGCUGGUGUUGUAACCCAGUUCAAAGCGGUUGCUACACCACAUGCAGCCGAAGCGUUGGCAAAGGCGGCUUAGAUCUUCGCAUAGCAAUGAAUAUUAACGGCCUUGUCCCAGAAAUGUGUAAUUCCUUCGUGGUUUCAUCGGACGAUAAAUUAAUUAUCAGACUAGGCACUGCAUUGAUAUUGAACCUGCGGCCUGAAUUAACAGUAUAACACCUUAUUUACUUCGAUGCCUGCAGUCUUAUGCUCUGGUUUACAAAAUAUGACAAAAGAAAAAUUCAUGCUCUUAAAUGUUUAGAAAAGACCGGAUUUCAUUGUCUAAACAAUCUUCAAAACCAUGCUACAAAAUUCUUUGUUCUUCUUAAAAUCGUAUUAACCCUUCAAGCAUAUCGAGAUGUUUGUAAGUGUCGAAUUCUUUUUAAUCAGGAAAAUCAAGAAUAUUCUGCACGUAUGCGGUCACCAGAUUUUCAUUCACUGCAGAGACUAAACAUUUUGUUGCACAAUGUUGAUUUUCUUUUCGCCUGGAGAUAAAUUUACCCGGAGAACAAAGCCUCUCUUUAAAGAAAAUUUCGUUCACCCAAUGCGUUGCCCUUUAGAGAGAAUUUCUAUUUUCAUCAGACAAUGCUCACUGAUCACAGAAAAUUCUCCCAAUCUGUACUGUCUUGGUUACGGCGACUUCGUGCAGACUAAACUUCGCUUCGCUUGUUCCGGGAGUGAAACUUCUCUGCUAUCGUUUUCACCAAACACGGUUUGGUUCCCAGAGUGGAGGAGAUCUGAGAACUAGACAUCGUUUGGGAAAAAGCUAGAAGUUUACACCAACUUUUAACAAAGGCUGCAAAGAAUUUCAAACGAAACAUGAUGCAAAAGAGAAGUUUGAGAGUGCCUGGAACCCUUGACGGAGGCCUGAGUUGGUUUGCCGUUCUUGCUUCGUUUAUGACGCAAUUCGUUGUCAUGGGGAUCCAUAACGUAUUUGGCUUGCUGUACCUUAAUCUGUUGACAGAGUUUGGAGAAAGCAAGGCCACUACAGCCUGGGUAGCCUCGAUUUCAUUUGGCCUCACCUUCGUUUUCUCACCUCUGAGCAGCUCUCUGUGUAAAAGGUUUGGAUGCAAAGCGGUUACCACACUCGGUGGAAUAUUAGUCGGAGUUGGUCUUCUACUGUCGUCCUACGUCGACAGCAUUUUCCGGAUGUACGUGACGUACUCGUUCCUGUUUGGCCUGGGCUCCAGCAUGUGUUAUGUGUCAUCAGUUCUAGUGCUCAGCGGCUACUUUUCAAAGAAUCUAGUCGUCGCUAAUGGCAUUGGCCUGGCCGGAGCAGGAGUGGGAACGAUAUCACUUGCGCCCGCGCUCAGCCUUCUGCUCGACAACUACUACUGGCGUGAUGCACUGCGCAUUCUCAGUGCGACCUCAUUACUUCUCGUGAUCAGCGGCCUCAUCUACUAUUUGGUGCCGGCGCCGAUGGAAUUUAGCGACGCUAAUGAGUAUCAAGAGGAAACAAAACGAAUUGACUUCUCCUUCCUAAAGAACAAGGCUUACAUUGUGUGGAUUGCUGUUGUUGGACUAGUGCUGUUUGGAUUUUAUAUACCAUACGUACAUUUGGUGCGGCACGGACAAGACCUUGGUAUACGGAAGCAAAAAUCAGCAGUGUUAGUGGGUUACAUGGCAAUGUCUCAAACAGUGGGCAAGAUUGUGUUCGGUCGAAUUGCUGAUCACCCACGAGUCAAUCGUGUGUACCUCUACCAAAUGUGUCUGCUGGUAUGUAGCGUUCUCACCACUCUUCUCCCCCUCUUCACCACCUUCAACGCUCUGCUGGCCUAUUGCAUCGUGUUUGGCUUCCAUGAGGGCUGUUUUGUGGUUCUUAUUGCUGUUCUUACUGGAGAUAUAGCAGGAAGAAAAAUGAUGGCGACAGCAUACGGUGUGAUGUACUUCUUCACUGGUAUUCCUAUGAUGUUGGGACCUCCGGUUGCUGGUUGGAUGUACGAAUUCACCAAAAGCUACGAGCCCGCGUUUUACAUGGCCGGCGCUUUCACAACACUUGGAGUAUGCCUAUUGUUCCUCGUUCCUUUCCUACUUCCGCCGGAAGUACGGGAAGAGUGGCGCAUGCGUUCUAAUGGCUUUCGUAUGCGCAUCCAAUCAUCGACUUCCAGUGAAGCAACAAAAUCAUGGACUUUGGACUCCGGAUCAUUUUAUUCUGAAUCUGAAAAAGACUCUGUGCAAGAUUACGAAAAGAAAGACUUGACUGUAUCGUUAGAUGAAAAUGUUUUUGAAUCUAGCAUUGCCAAAAGACAAUCUAACGACUCAGGUCUCGGGUUUAUCCUUGAAAAGUACUUCUCCAUGCCAAGGCUCGUGGAUCAAAAAGACAGUUUAUUGGGAAGUUUCAGUGACUAUUCGAGUUCUAGUGAUGUUUGGAUCCAUUUGUUGGACCCAGACAGAGAGACCAUAGUUUAACUUUACUAAAUUAAAUAGCCUAUUUAUCUCAAUUAAGAAAAUGUGUUUAGAAGUGAGAAGAUUGUUGCCAGGUCUUAUCCAAAGAUCCCACGAUAUAAUUAGAUCUGGAGUAACUCAUGAGAUCUCGAUAUAAUAGUCGAACCACGACGGGCUUAUGGUCCACAGAACUAUCAUUCAAACAACAAUAGUUCCUCUCAUAUCAUGGAAGCGUUUUAGCUUCUCAGCGUUUUCAUACAGAAUUUUUGGUUUAAAUGAUUGUUUGUUCCUUUGGUUUAUUCAACUUUUUUUUUCUCGUUAUCGUUUUCGAUUGUCAAAACUGAAACGCUUGAUCACCGGAUACAUCGCUCUUAUAGAGCGAGAAUGAACGCUUAACAGCGUCGAUGCAUCUUGAUAUCAUAACAUUAUUAUUUAUUGUCGUAAGUUUGUCGACGACAAAGCCCUCGAAUCACAGACGACGCCGGGGUUUAGAAGUUUUUAGAAGGUUGAACAUGAAAGCCUUGAGCAUUAGAUGUUCUCCAUCUCAGUGCUUUUGGCGGAGAAUGAGAACCUUGAAAACAACUUUACUAAUAUCACUCUAAACAUUUAGAGCCGUUUUCCUACAAGAACUAGUUAUCACAACCUCGAUCCCAAGCUCUCUCUUUUUUAGUUACCACAUUAUCGUGACGUCACGAUGCAUAGCAACACGGUCAAAUUCGAACAAAGGGAAUUUCGGCGACGAAUGUAGCUACUUUGGUCGACUCUCAUUUGAUAGACACUUCCAAAAUCGCAUUGUUAUCUACGAAAAAGUACUUCGGUAAAGUUGUUUUUAACGGUUCCAUUCCUCGGCUCCCUUCGGAUGGGCUAUGUCACAAAAAUUGAGUCGUGCGAAAAUGUAUUUUUAGUCAAAUGUAAGCUUCAUAACUGCAUUGAAAUAAAGGAUGACGUUUUAACUCAAA